AUGGACAGCGAUGACACCAUCACUGAAGAGAUCUGCAAGGAGGAUGAUGUUGGGGAUGGACAGCUCCUGGAGGUGACGGUGGCUGGCUACCCAGUGCUGCUGGUGAGGAACAGGAUGGAAUUCCAUGCUCUAGGCAGCAAAUGUCCCCACUACGGUGCUCCGCUGAGCAAAGGGGUCUUGAGAGGGGAGAGGCUGCGCUGCCCCUGGCACGGGGCCUGCUUUAACAUCAGGACUGGCGACAUUGAGGAAUACCCUGCUCUGGACUGUAUCUCCUGCUUCAAGGUAACAGUGGAAGAUGGAAAGGUGUUUAUUACAGCAAAAAAGAAGGACCUGGAAAGCAGCCUGAGGGUGAAGGACACAAGCAGGAGGUGCCUCCUCAACAGGAACACAAUGCUGCUGCUGGGGGGAGGUGUGGCUGCCCUGGUGUGUGCAGAGACUCUUCGCCAGGAGGGAUUCACUGGCAGGAUCAUCAUGGCCACCAAUGAGAAACACGUUCCCUAUGACAAGUCCAAACUGAGCAAGGAAAUGAACUUGAAAGCUGAGGACGUCUACCUGAGGAAACCUGAAUUCCUCGAGGCUCAGGGCAUAGAGUUCUGGGCAGAGAAAGAGGCAGUGUCCGUGGAUUUCCAGAAGCAGAAGGUUCGCUUCAUGGAUGGAUCCUCUCAGAAGUACUACCAGCUGCUCAUUGCAACAGGCAGCCACUGUGGUUUCCUCAAAGUCCCAGGUGCAGACCUGCAGAACAUUUACACACUUCAAACCCCAGAAGAGUCCAGCAAGAUCUUGGAGCUGGCAACUGGGAAGAAUCUGGUGAUUGUAGGAGCUUCAUUCAUAGGAAUGGAGGUGGCUGCCUUCCUCUCAGACAAGGCUGGAACCAUCUCAGUGGUGGAAAGAGAGGAGUUCCCUUUCCAGCAUGCCCUGGGUCCUCAGGUUGGAGGUGUCACCAUGAAGAUGCUGCAAAAUAAAGGGGUGAAGUUCCACAUGAAAACAGAACUCUGUGAGCUGAAAGGAAAGGAUGGAAAGGUCACAGAGGCUGUUCUUGCCAAUGGAGAGAAUCUCCCUGCAGAUGUGGUAGUGGUGGGAAUAGGGUCAACCCCCAACUCAGCAUUUCUGAAGGGCACCCCCAUUGCCAGAGAUGACAAAGGUGCCAUCCUGGUGAAUCUGCACAUGCAAACCAACAUCCCGAAUGUGUUUGCUGCGGGGGACGUGGUCACCUUCCCGGUAGCGCUGCUCGAUGGGGCCAGGUCCAGCAUCCACCACCAACAAGUGGCUGAGGCCCAUGGCCACUGUGCUGCUUUAAACAUGCUGAAGAGAGGGAAGGAGUUGCACACUGUUCCUUACUUCUGGACCACGUUGCUUGGGAAAAGCAUCCGCUAUGCAGGCUGUGGGAAGGGAUACACAGACACUGUUGUGAAGGGCAGCCUGGAGCAACAGAAAUUCCUGAUCUUUUACAUCAGGGAUGGCCAUGUGACUGCAGCUGCCAGCCUGAACUGUGACCCCAUGGUGUCUCUGAUUGCAGAAGUUUUUUACUUGGGGAAACAAAUCUCCAAAGAAGAAGCAGAGGCCUGUGACAUUGGCAACAUCCCCUCACUGGCACAAAGCUAAGCUUGGUGUGUGCCCCUUGUGAGGGGUUCACAACCAAGUGUUAAUAGCUCCACAUCCUCCUACCCUGGAGCAAUAAAACCAUCAGCAAAGCUGAACCCAGCACCUGCAUUUUGUGUUUGCAGACAAUUUGUGCUGGGCAAAGCUCAGAAGAUGCGGUAUUCUGCUGCGCUGGAUGAGAGGAGGAUGCCCAUGGCCUAGGGUUUAGCUGAGGGUCUGAGCUGGCAGCAGCCACCACACAUGCACAGAUGCACCAGCCAGAGAUACACCAGCUCCUCCUGUUCCUUCCCUGUUGGCAGGGAGCUCUCAUUUAGCACACCGGUCACGCUGACCUUCUCCUUUGCAAAAACACAUUUUCCCAGCAAGGGGAGCUGUGACUGAGACAAGCUGCUCUCCCAGCAGGGAACGAGGUGGGCUGUGUGCAGGAACUUGCACAGAAUACCCUGCCCCUAAGGACAGAGGGAUGCCACCUGACCUCUGAGCCAGCAGCACCUGCUGGCAGUGUCACUGCUGUCUUGAAUAUUGCAUUAGCUGCAGCAGCAAACAGCCAGCCUCUGGCAGAAAAAUCCCAGCUCCAGCCUUGCCUGCUGUGUCCCUGCAUGCUGGAUGCUUGGAGGAGGUGGCCAGAUACUAAAGGAAAGAGUUACUGGAUUUUUGCAAGGCAACAGCAAGCUAGGCUGUGCUUUCUACAGGAAACCUUGCACUUACUCACCAGUCACAUGGGGCUGUGCAGGAGGAAGGAUAAGUCCCAGGAGCCAGGCAAGUUCCCACAGGGACACCCCACUGACAGCCCAAACCCUGUCUGGUUUGACAUGAAGUGCAGGAGAGCCAGAGCCCGAGCCCUUCGCUCAGCAGGAGAGAUACUGCAGUGCUGGUUUUGUGUUAAACACCCAAACUUGUCCUCUGGCACCUCACACAUGAAUUUGACCUGAAAUCCAAUGUUUUGCAUUUCCUGACCCCACAGGUUUGGUGCUUCUGCUCGGGACAACUCUUUGCUCUGAAAGAGCCGUAUUUUACCCAGGAAAUAGCGGGGUUUCAGCAGCACAGGUUGUUCCUUCAUGACAGGAAAUGUGUAGAUUUGUGAGGCACAUGGAGCACACAGAUCUCAUCAAAUCAAUCUGUGCUGCAGAAGAGGGGGAGCAUGGCCCAGGAGCUACUCCUCCCUGCCCUCAGGCAUCCUCCUCCCCACACACACCGUGACUUUCUGCCCCUCAUUGCACUCCAGGAUAUGUUGGGCACUGAGCAAGUGCCAGCUGUUUUGCAUGGACUUGCAGCAGGGCAGCUGUGGUGGAAGAGACAGGCUCUGCCUCAAGGUGGAGGAACUGAUCCAAGGGCGUUCAGCAGUCCCAGUCCCUCUGGACAACAAUUACCCCAAAGAAUCUCAGCUUCUUGUAACCAUCAGCAAGAACACACCAAGCACAGCAGCUUUAUGUAAGAAGGAAAGACCUCAGGACAAGAGACUUAUUCUACUUCUACCACUUAAUAGACACCAGGCCACUUUCUGUGCUUUGCUGGGUGCCAAAGUUUGGGAGCAGCCCUGCCUUGGGCAGCUGGAGCCUGGGCAGGCAGAUUAAGUUGAGAUUGUGCAGACAUUUCAGCACAGGGCUGUUCCUCCCUGCCCGCCCUCGGAGCUGGGAUGAGCUGUGCUCUUUCUGGCAGGCCCUGAGCAGCAAUGCCUGGACACUCCCCUGAGUCCCAUUCACCAGGGCAGCUUGGGAGCUGGUGGUCCCAGCAGUCCUGUGGGAAAGCCUGGGGGGCAGAGGCUCCCCAGAGCCCUUGCUGGGCCAAUGGAGCUCCCCUCUCACUCAGUGCAAGACAGGGGCUUCUCCAGCCCCAAAGAGCAGCUUCCAAGCUCCUUCCAGGGCAGUCUUCUGCUUCUGCUCACCAACGAGCCAGAGCCUGGACAGCAGAAGAGCCCAAUAAAGUUCACCAUGGGCCCCUCUGAGUGCUGCUAGCUCCAAAAUACCUGGAAUCCUGGCACUGCUGUGCAGUCAGGGCUGUGUGGCCUCCCAGGGACAGAGGUUCCGGGAACAGCCGUCCAGAGCUGUGCGUGACUCGGCCCUGAGUCACUCACGCUGGCCCAGCAGCCCGGCCCCACCGCACCCGGCCCGACCCGCGGCAGGGCAGCGUGGGUGUGGAGCCAGCCCUCUCCCCAGGCUCCAUCCCACUGCCUGGCAUGUUGCAGGAUUAAUCCAGCUCCUGAGCUCAGCAGCAGGUCAGACCUGUGGGCUACACCCAGCCUUUGGCUCAGGACAAACCCAAGGCACCUGAAGGAU